AUGGAUAUCAUUUCUCUUGUCAGUUUAUCAUUAGCGUCUAGAAGAUGUCAACGUAUUGUUAAACUAGUGAAAACUAAAUUGACUGGAUUCAAUAUUCAAAUCAAAGAAAGUGGUAUAGAACUUCUAUUUGUUGAUUCCCAGAGGAUAGUAGGAUACUGGAUUUUUGAGCCAGAGAAGAAGGAGAAUAGAGGAAGUGGAGAUAUGGAAAUGAGUUUUCACGCGAACUUAAUCCGUUCAUAUCACUCCGAAGAGGAUAUCCAACAAUCGAUGAAACUAGGACUCGACUAUCUCAAAGAUCUGUUUAAGAAACCAAUCAAUAAAUUUUACCUGCAUCCAGACGGAUUACCCGAAUGUCCACUUCAAAUCGAAUUAAAGGAAUGCAACGAAUUACUUGUCAAAGGAAAAAAGGCAUUGAAAGAUGAAUAUCUAAAAACAAUUCUAGAAACGAUAAUGGUUAAAACCAAAUGUACUCUUUGGAUUCCAAUAAAUCCAACAUUCGAAUGCAACACGAAUCUUUUGAAAUUCAAAGAAUUGAAAUGUGUAGAGUAUGAAGGAUGCGGUCAUUGGAUUACUAGAAAUGUAUUUCUGAAUUUGAAAUGUACUCAUAUGCAGUUAUACCAUACACUUCUGGAAGCAGACGCCGUCAUGUCAUUCUUCGAGAGAUGGUAUCACUCGGACGAUACAGUAUUUCAUGUAUUAGUGGUACAAACAGAUAAAUUGUUUGAUGGAUUAAACUUCGACAGAUUUCAGCCAAAGCCAUGGAAUCCCGAGCAACGAUCCCGUCAUUUCUUGUACUCCUCUACUAUGGCUUACGACUGUUCCACUGGCAUCGAUAUAAUGAGAAAUGACGGAUUACUAUGCACUGUUUACAUGACAAAUGGAUGUGCUUUGUUUGGUGUCUGGCAUGACCGAUUUCCAGAUGUUUCUGGAGUUUCGCAAAUUGUUUAG